GUUACGUGAAUCCUCCGUUGAUGAGUGCCGAUCGAAAGCUCGUUCAUUAGUGUCGCAAAGAAAAGUGAAAACGUAUCCUUGCGUAUUUGCAUAGUGUGCGUGAGAGUGGAUUGAACUCACACCACAGAUACACACGGUCGCUGACAAUUAGUUAGGUACAGAGACGGUGUGCUUUUAUCUAUGGUGGUUUGCAAAACCGACAGCUGGGAUCUAGCGGUGUGUUAUCAUCGAGUGUGCAAGUGUAAAAUAGUGCUUUAGUGACGAAUUUUCGCGUGAAACCCGCACCCGGCUGAGUUGAACACGGACGGGCAGCACAUUCAUUACAGCCCGAUAAGCGAUACGUGGAUACGUACAACCUGCUGUAUAAAGAAAACGAGGCAAUGGUUUCAACGCGCUUCGAAAUUAAUAGCACACCGCCGGUGCGGUAUCCUCGCUCGAUAUUCUUCAUCAUCAGCAAUGAGUUCAGCGAACGGUUCAACUACUAUGGCAUGCGAACGGUUCUGGCACUGUACCUUACGCAAAAGCUGGCCUACAGCAACGAUACCGCCACCGUGAUCUACCACGUGUUCACCAGCCUGGCGUACUUCUUCCCGCUGAUGGGCGCCAUCCUGGCGGACAGUUGGUUGGGCAAGUUCAAGACCAUCCUCUACCUGUCGAUCGUGUACUGUGCCGGCAGUACGCUGAUCGCGCUCGGUGCCAUUCCACCGCUGAAUCUACCCGCCACCUGGAUGACGGUGCUGGGUCUGCUGUUCAUAGCGGUCGGAUCCGGCGGGAUAAAGCCAUGCGUUUCGGCAUUCGGUGGCGAUCAGUUUAAGCUUCCGGAGCAGGCAGCCCAGUUGGCCAAGUUUUUCUCGCUGUUUUACUUUUCCAUCAACGCGGGUUCGCUAAUUUCGACCACGCUCACACCGAUCCUGCGCGAGGAUGUGCACUGCUUUGGGGAGAACAAUUGCUUCUCGCUCGCGUUCGGCGUACCGGCCGUGCUGAUGAUCCUGGCGAUCGUGAUCUUCGUGUGUGGACGGGCGAGGUACACGAUCAACAAACCGUCCGGUAACAUGAUCGUGCUGGUGUUUAAGUGCAUCGGGAAUGCGCUGUCGGUGCGGUCGAAGGAACGUGGAACGAACCCACGCCAGCAUUGGUUGGAUUAUGCCGAAUCGAGGUACGGCAAGGGUAUCGUGGCGGACAUUAAAUCGUUGCUGAAGAUCCUGAUCCUCUACAUACCGCUGCCCGUGUUUUGGGCGCUGUUCGAUCAGCAAGGAUCCCGCUGGACGUUCCAGGCGACGCGGAUGGACGGUGAGGUGGCCGGGUACACGAUCAAGCCGGAUCAGAUGCAGGUGAUCAAUCCGCUCCUAAUUCUUGCCUUCAUUCCCGUGUUCGAAAGCGUCAUCUAUCCGCUGCUGUCCAAGAUCGGUAUCCGACGUCCGCUGCAGAAGCUUUCACUCGGAGGAUUGCUAGCCGGAGCAGCGUUCGUACUGUCCGGGUUUGUGGAGAUUGCGCUCGAUCGUACGAAUGCGGUCCUGCCGGCGGCACACGAAUCACAGCUACGCAUUUUCAACGGACUACCCUGCGACUAUCGCUUCCACACCGACAUUCCCAACCUGACCGGGUUCAAUGUACCGUCCCGUGGUGCGUUCGAAGCGCUACACAUCGACGUGCCGGCCACGAACACCACGUUCCAGUUCCGGGCGGAAACGAGUGAAAUUGGGUGUGUGCGGGAAAACAUGACCGAGUUCAGCGGUACCUUCUACCUGCAACCGGGCAACGCGGUCAGCUACUUCAUCAGCCGCAAGGGUGGCCGCAGCAAUCUGGUCGAGUACGCCGACACGGCCGAGAAGGAUCGUAAUGGGUUGCCGCUGAUGCGACUGCUAGCGAACGUCCGCACGACCAAACACAUCUCGCUCCGGCACAACCGGGACGCCACCGUCGUUUAUAACGUUCCGCUCAACCAGUACGAUCAGCUGGCCGUUACCGAGGGCGAGUACGGUGUGUACGUUGGCGAGCGGGAAAUCGCCACCGUGAAGCUAAGCCCGGGCGGUGUUUACACGCUGAUUCUGGACGAGUUUUUGGAGAAUGAAUUUAACCUUCAAACACACAUCAUUACACCGUCCAACUCGGUUCACAUGCUCUGGCUCGUCCCACAGUAUGUCGUCAUCACUGCCGGCGAGGUUAUGUUUUCUAUUACGGGGUUAGAGUUCUCCUACUCGCAGGCACCGGAAAGCAUGAAAUCCGUCAUCCAAGCGUUCUGGCUGCUGACGGUCGCCAUCGGCAACAUGCUGGUGGUGUUCAUUGCCGAGGCCAAGUUUGUACAGUCACAGUCGCUGGAGUUUUUCCUGUUUGCCGCCCUCAUGUUCCUCGACAUGGGACUGUUUAUGGUGUUGGCGAUGCGGUAUCGUUACUCGGACAGUGGAGCAUCGCCGGACUCGAUCGAGGUGGACAGCAGCAGCGGUAAGAAGCAGCACGAUCCGUUGGCGAUCAGUGAGUCACUGUCGGAGAGAAGCGCCAAAAGCACCACGUACGCGAACGAGGCGUUCCGGGAAGACUGAAACAAUUGGGCUGGGGAUGCGGUUUGCUAGGGGGUUUCAGCCAGAGAGGAUAUGUAUUAUUUGUUUCGUCGUUUUUAAGGCGUCUUAAGUUAGGUCUAAAUCUUUUUUCUAUGUAAUAAAAUAGGUAGUGUUUAUGAA